UGCUCUCCCCUUCCUAGAUGGACAACAUGGCUACGGUGUGAUGAGUAAUCUCUGUCUGGGUCGUUAAUUUCGGAACGCUAAACAAAACACAAAAAGACAUCGAAACCCUUAAAAGCAAUGGGUUUGACACAAAGCAGUGGUGGACCCGAGGGGGGAACAGAAGGAUACCAUGUCCAUGGAAUUCAAGAGGACUCUCCGGCAGAGAGAGCUGGUUUGGAGCCCUUUUUCGAUUUCAUCAUAUCCAUUGGCAACAAUCGUCUUAACCAGGAGAAUGAUAUGCUCAAGGACCUCCUCAAAGCUAACGUGGAGAAACCGGUGAAGAUGGAAGUGUAUAGUACAAAGACCAUGAGGAUCCGAGAACUGGAAGUUGUUCCCAGCAACAUGUGGGGUGGUCAAGGACUUCUGGGAGCCAGUGUCCGCUUCUGCAGCUUUCAAGGAGCCAAUGAAAAUGUUUGGCAUGUUCUUGAUGUGGAGCCAAAUUCACCAGCAGCAUUGGCCGGCCUCCAGGAACAUUCGGAUUUCAUCGUUGGAGCUGACCAGGUUCUCCAAGAUUCAGAGGAUUUCUUCUCUCUAAUUGAAGCCCAUGAGGGGAAACCGCUGAAGCUGCUGGUCUACAACACAGAGAGCGAUAAAUGCAGGGAGGUGGUUGUCACACCAAAUGGUGCCUGGGGGGGAGAAGGCAGCCUUGGCUGCGGCAUUGGAUAUGGCUACCUCCACCGAAUCCCAGCACGACCUGACAGCCCGGAAUCUGAAAGACUCAGUCCUAAAGCUUCUCCUGUGGCAGGAACACCAGAACAAGAACUUCCUACAAAUGGAUUUACUGAGGUGUCCUUAAUGGCGUCUAGUCAGCCAGUGAGUGGCUUGGAUCUUGAUACCCCACUGCCACCUCCCAUUCAGAGAGUCAUGGAUCCUGGUUUCUCGGAUCAGUCCGAAGUGGCCAUGAUGAAUUCAGAGAUGUCAGACAUGGCAGACCGACUGGACCUGUCCACGUCUUCCAUUGACAUGACAAACACAUCCUUAGCUGUCCGAGAGGACAUUGACGUAUCAGGUGUCGAGGAGCUUCAAGACACUGAUGUUCCCAGUCAUAACCAUGAGGAACAAAAUACAGAGGAGUAUCCUGCUGUGGAUUUUAGUUCUUUCGCACCAGCUUCAAAUGUUCCUCCUCCCCUUCCUCUCCCACAAGCUCUUCUCCCAAAUCUGCCUCUUGAUCAUAGCAUGCCCACAGACGUGGCGUCUUUAAUGAAUUCUUCAAUCCCAUCUCUCGACUCCUCUGUGCCUCCUAUAGACAUCUCUUCUCUGCUCAUUGACCCCGCCGCCCUUCAUCUCGACUCAUCUGCCCUGCCUGAAGAAUAUCCCAUGCAGCUGAAUGAGUCUGCACAUUUCCCCCUGGAAACUGAUGGUGUCGAUCAGGGCUUUUCUGAUGUGCCACGCUCUCUGAAGAGCAGCUUGUCUGAGGGCAGAGAUGAGGACGUGUCCUCUGACCUGACCUCUUUUGAUUCCCAUAAUGCACAUGUCAGAGACGAGGCUGCUCCUCAGUAGUGUCACUACCAGUUACUACCUUGUGUCUUGUUUACGCAGUUGCUCAACAAUCAUCAGGUGUGCGUUUUUAUUGGCUUUGUUACUGUUAGGAUCAGGUUUUGGCGAAUUGGUAUCGAGUGUGUUUUUUUUAAACGGUUGUGUGCAAUUUACGUUUUAUUUUGUGUCUAGUAGUCAUGAUGAUUGUAGGUUGCUGGAAUGUGUGUAGGGUGUUGUUUUUAAUUGUGUAGAUCUUAAUUUAGUUAUGUUACUAAAUUGAAACCUUUUUAAAUAGCUUGAUUCAUUGCAAUUGCUUGGUUUCAUCUGCCAGUUUUAAAUCCCACAAAAGGUUGAAAGUAGCACCUGAAACCCUUAUUUGUAGUAUUUAUUUAGCUAUGACAUAAACACUCAUGGAUUACUGUGUUAAACUCAACACAGUGUAGAUUAUAGAGCUAAUGGCAAAAUAUACGCAAAGCGUCUUUAGAACACUGUGACAAAAUAAAUCAUUUUGUUUAGAAAAAAGCAUAACAUUUUUGGCUUUGUUUAUAUAUUUUAGAACCGGUUUGGUUUUUAUUUUAUGUUGUGGGAAUGCUAAUUAUGGUAAAAAAGUAAAAAACAGUAAUACAGGGCAAGGGUUUUGCAUUUGUUUAAUUUAGCAAACUAACUUCUGGGCUUAUUAGAUUUUUGAAAUGAUUUUGAUGUGAUUUUUUUUUUCCUUUGUUCAUAGUGAUUUAUGUGCACUUCAGGAUGAAAGCGUAAUAUUUAGUUUCAAGUUUUGUUGAAAACAGUUAACACUAGAGAAAUGUUGCCUCAGUAAAAUGUGUUUUUCACGUAAUUUAUGAAUCUAUGCAAAUACAGGUAUUGUAUAAAUGGCAAUGGAAUUUCUGUGGUAUAAAUAUUGAUCUGAUAUCAUCACUGCCACAUCUAAGAAUAGUGUCAUAUACAGGACUUAAAUAAUACAAUACCUCUUUAAGCUUAAAUUCUUUGUCAUAAUGUCUAAAAGUUUUAGCUAUGAACAAAGAUUUUAUAUGUAAAAGCAAAGUGAUUCUUGAUGACAUCUCUUUGCAUUGGCAUGAUCACGGUACGUCAAAAGGGUGAGGAGACAAUGUUUUAAAUUCAAUUUUUUUUGGGGGGGGGGACUGUACAGUAUAGCUGUUCUUCCAAGCGUGAACACAAAUGUAUAUUUUUGUAUAGUACUGCUACUGAUGUGCAACAUAUUAAGUAAACAGAAAAUGGUCUACUGUAUAUGCAAACUGUAUUCUUUGGGUUUACGGGAAAAUGUUAGAUUGAAAAACAUUGGAACUGUCUACAGCAACAGCAAUAAAAGAUGUAAAAUACAAA